CCCUUCAUGUUUUGGUGAACGGAUUCAAUUUCGCGUUUUUAUUCCGUGUUGAAAUGUACUGCUUGAUACUUUGUAAAGAAGAGUUCGCAUCCGGAAAUCUCAGCACAGCCAAAUAUCUAAGAGAAAUCUUCGAGCUGUACUUGGAAGCGGCUUAUGUGAAAAUUGUACAUGUCAGUAAUGAAGGCUCUUUGAAGGAUGUAGAAAAUUUCAACUUGUCCACCUCUCACCCGAAAAUUGCAAUAGCACUGCAUUUACGAAGAUGUGCAAGUUUACUCCAUCGCCUGGAUAAAAAUAUCCCUAUACUAUCUGUUUGUACUGGAAGUGACCUGUAUCUGGAUAAAAACCACGCCGUGUAUUUGAAGGCAAUGGAUGAACUAGUCAAACGAAGUUUUGCAGUUGUAUUAUUCAAUCAGCCGAUGCUGAAGCAAUUUAAAGAAAUCUGGCCUCGUUUCAAUGGUCAGCUGAAAGUUAUACAUCAAGCUCCAAAUGUUGAUGUUGAACAUGCAGAACAUAAUAAAGAGAAAGUUCUCAGUUGUAUUGAAUCAAAAUUAGGAGUUGAACUGAAACCAUUCUUCAUUGUUGUUGGUCGUUUAAGAGAUGUGAAAGAUCCAAUGUUUGCGCUGAACUCAUUUCUCGAAUGGGGAAAUCAAGGCGAGCAUAAUAAGACUGCUUCAUCUAUUAAUUAUAAAUCAUACCAUCUGUUAUACGUUGGAUCAGUUGAAGAAGAUACCGAAAAUGUACAACAAUUUAUUGAUAAAAUAGAUGGAAAAAUUGUACAUCGAUGUGAUUCAUUAGAACAAAAUGAGUUGCAUUCACUUAUGCUAAAUGCUCAAGCAUUAAUUAACUGUUCAAUAAGUGAAGGCCAAUCAGUAUCUAUCAUGGAGGCUAUGAUUCUUGGUGUCCCUGUUAUUGCCAGAGAAAAUCCAGGUAAUUGUGAUCUGAUUAAACAUAAAGAAAAUGGUUUGAUAUUCAAAACAUCCAAGGAGUUUGGUGAGUGUUUAACUCAACUAGAAGGAAAUCCUCAAUUGAGAAAACAACUCAUCUCUUCAAGUGAAUCAUUUAUUGAAGGUAAAGAAUUUCAAAGAGAACAUCAAGCGAAAUUAUAUUCACAAAUAAUACAAGAAUAUUUCAAUUCCCAUUCAUGAUUUAUCAACAACUACACCAAUAACAGAAAAUGAAUUCAUUCGAUUGUAACUUUCAUCUUCUUUCUACUGACUUUUAUAUACAUCAAAAUUUAUUGUUAAAUCAAUAAUUCUUCCUCUUAUAUUUUUUUUAAUUUAUUAGUUUUUACUAAUAAUUGCAAUUUUACACUAAUAUAUAUAUUUUUUCAUUACAAAAAUACAGACGCUUAGUAAUGAUCAAAAUAAAUUUUUUAAUUGUUUC